UUUUCUACAUUUAAAAAAGGGGAACAUUUACCCUCUCUAUGUUUUUCCCCGUUGGGCUAGCACUCUCUAGCAAGAGUGUAAGCUAGCUGCGGUGGAGUGUCCUUAGAAGAAGUGAAGGAGUUUGUCACGUGACGCAGUGUUAACUUAUUUGUCAUUUAUGGUAGCCCUGUGAUAUGUAUGUGAACGUGGAAGAAAUGUGGUUUGUGGGAGAUGUAUUUUCAAGGACACAAAGAAAACUGACUAUUGUGUUUGUUGAGGCGAUGCUGGCCGGACGCAAUAAUACUAAAAAGAACAAGUAGUACACAGCAGUACGAGGGCAGCAGAUGACUGAAAUGACCCCGCCAACGGUCAAACACGAGGCGCACGAAGAGAAAGAACCAUAGCCGCGCGCAAGCGUGAACGAGCACCAACAUUAAAUCCGCUAGAUUAGUAAAACCGUCCACACCACGGGAAAGAUGACUGUUUUUACCGUUUUAGUGAAUAUUAAUAUUCGGACCGACUGUAGCCGUUUUUAACCUCAAGAAAAACUAAUGAAAUAUUCAGUGGAAUACAGCAAUUUGGAAGAGCGCCUUAAUCAUCUUGUUUUUUCUUUUGGUUGAGGAAAGAGCCCACAGGGUUGUUGGGCCAGUGGGUCGUCAGGAGUCGGAACAACGACUAGCUUCCCGUACUACUUUGCAUUAACAUAAAUUCUCGCUUAGGCAGAUUUCCGAUGCUAGGACACGUCUGGGUUAACCUUUCAUUAUUAUUUUAGGGCUAGAGAAUGACCCUUGAUGUCCGAAAGAGCUAUUUUCUGGACUGGCCAAAACAGUCAAAGGCUAAGCUAGGUUUUGAUCCUAAGUAUUAUGAAAGCUACAUUCUGCGUUGAACAGACAGAUAUUUAUAACUAGUUAAUUGGACAUAUAUGUUGCUCCUAACAUUUAUGCUACAGUAAACUAUUCAAGGAAAUCGACACUACUUUGGCGGUUUUCAAGUGAAUUCCUUUGUGAACGUUAUAACUGAAUGACCCAGAAAUCAUUAUGUCAUUUUUUAAUUUCCGGAAAAUAUUCAAAUUGGGAGCUGAGAAGAAGAAGAAACAGUAUGAACAUGUCCGCAGAGAUGAAAAUCCAGAGGAAAUAUGGGACAUAAUUGGUGAACUGGGAGAUGGAGCCUUUGGAAAAGUGUUCAAGGCCCAGAACAAACAGACGGGCAUCCUUGCUGCAGCCAAAGUUAUUGACACAAAGACCGAGGAGGAGUUGGAGGACUACAUGGUGGAGAUUGACAUCCUGGCCUCCUGUGACCAUCAAAACAUUGUCAAACUCCUUGAUGCUUUCUAUUAUGAGAGCAAACUCUGGAUCCUCAUCGAGUUCUGUGCAGGAGGGGCUGUGGAUGCUGUCAUGCUCGAACUAGAGAGACCCCUGACAGAGCCUCAGAUCAGGGUGGUGUGUAAGCAGACUCUGCAAGCCCUCGUCUACCUCCAUGACAACAAAAUCAUCCACAGAGACCUGAAGGCCGGCAACAUCCUCCUCACGCUAGAUGGUGAUGUGAAGCUGGCUGACUUUGGUGUGUCUGCCAAAAACACCAAAACACUGCAGAGGAGAGACUCUUUCAUUGGAACGCCUUACUGGAUGGCUCCUGAGGUGGUGAUGUGUGAGACGUCCAAGGACCGUCCAUAUGACUACAAGGCCGAUAUCUGGUCCCUCGGGGUCACUUUGAUUGAGCUGGCACAGAUUGAGCCGCCCAAUCACGAGAUGAACCCCAUGAGAGUCCUGCUGAAAAUAGCCAAGUCCGAUCCUCCUAUCUUGAUGCAGCCGUCACGCUGGUCCCCAGAAUUCAGUGAUUUCCUAAAGCGGUGCCUGGACAAGAAUGUGGACAACAGGUGGAAUGCAAUACAACUUCUACAGCAUUCAUUUGUGUCCAUUGUGGCAGACAACAAACCACUUAGGGAGCUUAUAGCUGAGGCGAAGGCUGAGGUUACUGAGGAGAUUGAAGAGCACAAAGAGGAAGAAGAGGAGGAAGAAACAGAAGCACAUCUGGGCCACAAACGCGCCCCAUCUGAUGUCAGCGUUGCUAGCUCAGAGGAUGAGAAGAUCCCCCUUUCUCCGUCCAUCUUGGAAUCUGUCCCUGAGAAGGUUGAGCCAAUUCUACGCGUGCCAACACCCACUGAUCUCAAUGUGGCCAACCAUGUGGUGGACACUAGCUUUGUGGAGCAGCCUGCUGCUCCUGCAGCAGAAGAGCGUUCAGAGGAGGCUUCAGACACUCCAGCUGAGGAUGCAGAGGUAGAACAGAAACCUGUGGGCGUAAAUCUUCCAGAAGCAGGACAAGAUAUUGCCUCACCAGAAAAAGACACUGAAGCAGAGGCACCGGUUAAGGAAAUGCAGCAGCUGGAGAUGGCUGUUGAGGAUGAAAAGGAAGUGGACACAUCCGAGGUACCCACCAAUCAAGAAGCCACCACAGAGAGCGCCGGGGCCACUGAGGCUCCUCAGGAGGAAAAGAUGGCUGUUGCGGAGGAAUCAAACACACCAGCAGAGGAGGACGAGGAUGAGGAGGACGAGGAGGAGGACGAGGGAGAGGACGAGGGCCGGUACAAACAUCUGAAGGUGACAUUGACACUACCAGAGCAAGAUACAGUUGUCCCAAAAGAGGAGAAUGAAGAGAGGCCUACAGAGAAGGAUAAAAUGAAUGCAGAAGAUGAGAAGAAAGUUCCAGACAAAGCAAAGGAUGACAAAGAGAGAGAUUCAGACUCGGGGAGUGGCUCAGCUGCAGAUACCAGCAGUGCAGACCUGAAUCUGUCUAUCUCAAGCUUUCUGUCCAAAACAAAAGAGCCUGGAUCUGUUUCCAUACAGGACACUAAGCGUCACAAGAAGACACUGAAAAAGACUCGCAAAUUCAUUGUGGAUGGUGUGGAAGUUAGCGUGACUACGUCAAAGAUCAUCACUGACAGAGACACCAAGAACGAGGAGAUGAGAUUCCUGAGGCGCCAGGAGCUGAGGGAGCUGCGACUCUUGCAGAAGGAGGAGCAGAGGUCCCAGCAGCAGCUCAGCAACAAGCUCCAGCAGCAAAAAGAACAGAUCUACCGCCGCUUCGAACAGGAGACCACAAGUAAGAAGCGUCAGUAUGACCAGGAGGUGGAGAAUCUGGAGCGGCAGCAGAAGCAGACAAUCGAGAGACUGGAACAGGAGCACACCAACCGGCUCAGGGACGAGGCCAAACGCAUCAAAGCUGAGCAGGAAAAAGAGCUGUCCAAGUACCAGAACAUGCUGAAAAACCGCAAGAAAGAGGAACAAGAGUUUCUUCAGAAGCAGCAGCAGGAUCUGGACAGCGCUCUGAAGAAGAUAAUCCAGCAACACAAACAUGAGCUCGCCACCAUCGAGAGAGACUGCCUCAACCACAAGCAGCAGCUUCUCCGAGCACGGGAGGCUGCUAUGUGGGAGCUGGAAGAGCGCCAUCUGCAGGAGAAACAUCAGUUGUUCAAACAGCAGCUCAAAGACCAGUACUUCAUGCAGAGACACCAGCUGCUCAAGAGACACGAGAAGGAGAUGGAGCAGAUGCAGCGCUACAACCAGCGUCUGAUCGAGGAGAUGAAGAACAAGCAGACGCAGGAGAGGGCCAGACUGCCCAAGAUUCAGCGCAGUGAGGCCAAGACCCGCAUGGCCAUGUUUAAGAAGAGCCUUCGCAUCACUGGAGCUGCCAUCACCCCCGAGCAGGAAAGGGAGAAGGUCAAACAGUUUGCAGCUCAGGAAGAGAAGAGACAGAAGAAUGAGAGGCUCCACCAGCACCAGAAACAUGAGAACCAGAUGAGAGACCUGCAGCUGCAGUGUGACGCCAACAUCCGAGAGCUUCAGCAGCUGCAGAAUGAGAAGUGCCACCUGCUGAUUGAACAUGAGACCCAGAAACUGAAGGAGCUGGAUGAGGAGCACAGCCUGGAGCUGAAGGAGUGGAGGGAGAAACUACGACCCAGGAAGAAGGCCCUGGAGGAAGAGUUUGCCAGGAAGCUGCAGGAACAGGAAGUGUUCUUCAAGAUGAGCGGAGAGUCAGAGUGCCUUAACCCCUCCAACCAGAGCCGCAUCUCCAAGUUCUACCCGAUCCCCAGCGUCCACUCCACUGGGUUCUAGGAGAAAGCUACGUACAUACACACAGUCUACAGACAGUGCACAUGGACAUAAGCAGUCACGCUCAUGAAGACAGUAAAGACUGAACCUGUGCUGCCUUGCCCUCAUCCUCUGACAACUGUCAGAGGGUGUGAGGGUGUAAGUUGUUCUCUCUCUCUGGACUUAGUUCCUCAGUCUCCAGCUAUGCUCUGCAAGACUGUUAUUUUGCUCAUUUUGUCAUGUUUUCACACUAUUUCCGUCAUUUUUGAAGGAGAAUUUCAGAUUUAGUGCUUCAAUUAUCACCUCAAAACCACUCAAGUGAAAUAGCUCUCUGUCCAACCUUCUUUGUAAUUGAAUUAUUUUUUGUAAAGAAUCCAGUGCCUGUAGGAUUUGAUGUUUUUGGCUUUUAAAUCCAAGCAAUUUAUGAUCAUUAUUUGCUGCUCAAUUUUUUUCUAAUUUAGACUUUUGCACUAGGGAAAGGAUUUUUAUACCACUUAAUUUGCUUAAAUAUUGAAUAGCAACCUUAUCAUUUAUAAUUGAUCAUCAAAUAGAAUGUAUUUCCGAUGAAGACAGAGCACAUUUUUAAUAUCACUCUUGUUGAAGGAAUGGUGAUACAGUAUAUUUUAUUAAAUCAUACAUAUGUCUGUGUUAGAGUGGUAGGUUGUGAUACAUCCAUGGUUAAAAUAACCUGUCUUAUGCAUUAUUUCAAUGCAAGGUGUAGGAACUUUUUCCAGCAGAAAUGAUUCCUUCUUUCAGGGUUUUUCUUCAGAAUGCCUUCCUGUUUCAAGCACCCAAGACUUGAGACUACUGUUUAGCAACAAGCAGUACACGAUAUAAACCUUUAGUUCAUUUGUUGCAUACCAUAGAGGACGUGUGGAGAUGGUGUUUACAUACAGAGACAAAGGAUCACUGUUAAUUGGAUACUAAGGAAAUCUCAGUGGUGGCUGUUGAACAAGCAUUUAUGUAUCUGUUUGUGGUCUGGUUUUGAUUUUUUUUUUAGGUGACACCACUUUAUUAUUAUAAAGCAAAAGUUAUGUAUUAUAGGAGCAAGUUUUUCAGGGAUGAAUACAAAAUGCAAUUUUUCAUUGAUGUCAUUCAAUUCUGUACAAUUUAUAGUAUUUUGAAGAGAUUCCAAGGCCCGAGCGUCACGUAACUCACUAAGGAAAUUCACACUACAAACAGCUUUCAGUUCAGUUAGGUUAGACAGAAAACACCUAAACUACAGCUGAUGAUGCGUCCUUUGUAUUUGCUUUGGUUUUCUUCAUAUGCCUCCUCGUGAGAUAUUUUGCUACCAGGUGUAUUAUGGGUAGGCCUGCAUGGCUUUUGGUUCUUCUUUUUAUUGAAAUGAUAAUACUGUUUUCAUUGACAUGCUAGCUAAUAGCCUUAAUGUUUCAGAAAUGGAUGUACUGUAUACCUGUUAUGACCAACUUUAAAGAUUUUGGUCAAAGUCUUGGUUUAUGAAGCAUAUUAGCAAUUUCAGAAUGAUUUCAUUCAGCUGUACUAACGAACAAAACCAGAACAGGAGUUUUGGGGGUUUUUUUGAGGCAGAUGUAUUAUGAAUGAUGUUAAAGCAGUGUAACAUUUGAGGCAGUUAAUGCAAAAAAAAUGGACCUGACUGGUUUAGGCCAUCUUGACUUCUGAUUGGUUCAUUUUAUCAUCUCGUUUUCUUUAUGAUUGGCUUUAAAGUUAGUCAAACGUAUUUAAUAACUGAGCUGUUAUGUACAAAACAUAAUGAAGGAGUGCUGUGCACCUUUUGCAAAACUUUCUCAAUAGCUAUUUAUAUGAAAACCCACACUGCAGCGCCUGUGCUAUAGCUUACUUGCUCUACUUACUCAUUGGAGGUUUGCAGCGUACAAACAUAAUUACAAAAACAGUCCUGUCAGUUGUUGUCACCUAGAUUCUCUAAACUGUAAAUUGAUUACAUUCUGAAUGUUGACUGAAAAAAACACGAUCCAUAUCAAAAUCAUUAUGCAUUUUUUUUUUUCAAAUAAAUGUAUAGUUUUUAGAAUGCCUGUGUAAUGU